CCUUCCCCCUUCAUUAUCUCAACAUUCGUGCCUUUUUGUGUUUGUUUCUCCUUGUGCUCGAGUAGUCUUGUCUGUGUUUUAUCUUCUUUGUGUUUGUUCGCCCGUCGUCAUACCGACCGUGCCGGACUGCCGCCUACCUGACCCUCAAUUGUUGCACCCAACCAUGAAGCUUGUGCGGAGACAGUAACAGCCAAGGCAUGGAGAGAACACGAGUUGCUAAGGUUGAAGAUGUGACCCUGGCGCGUCGCGGUGAACAGGUCGUCGGCACACUCCAUCUUACCCCUCACCAUAUCAUCUUCUCCUACAUCCCUCCCUUAACCGAUCAAUCCCCAACCUCAAAUACUGCUGGCCGGUCAAAGGAGCUCUGGAUUACAUAUCCUAUCAUCUCCUUCUGUACCUAUCGUCCCACCCCCGCCGCAGCCCGCCAGCCAUCUUCAAUUCGACUCCGCUGUCGUGAUUUCACUUUUGUCUGCUUCUACUUCACUAGCGAGAGUAAGGCGCGAGAAGUAUACGAAAAUAUAAAGGGCUGGACCUGCAAGAUUGGACGCAUCGACAAGCUCUACGCUUUCACUUACCAGCCGCCGGCCCCCGAGCAGAAGUUCAAUGGCUGGGAAUUCUACGACCCCCGCAAGGAAUGGGCUCGACAAGGCGUGGAUCAGAAUGGCUCGGGCUGGCGUAUCUCUCAGCUAAAUGCUGAUUAUGGGUUCUCUGCGACGUACCCUGCUGUCAUAGUUGUCCCGACCACCAUCUCGGACAUCACCCUCAACCAUGCUGGCAAAUAUCGAUCAAGAGCAAGAGUACCCGCCUUAACGUAUCUACACCCUGUGAACAAUUGCUCCAUCACUCGAAGCUCGCAGCCGCUGGUUGGCGUGCGCCAAAAUCGAAGCAUUCAGGACGAGAAGUUGCUCGCCGCGAUAUUCUCGACGUCCCGUUCUGAACGACCGCUCGCAAACGUCUCCCCGCCACAUUUCGAACCGGAAUCCUCCAGUUCGACAUCAAGCGACCCGUCCGGUAGUCAAAUGCUGGCCGAUCUGACCAACGCUGAAGAACUCGAAGAUGAAAUGCUGGCCUCUUUCCCCGGUGACCCGGAGGAGAAGCCUCACAUCUACGGAGCUCAGCAGCGCAACCUCAUUGUUGACGCUCGUCCAACCGUCAAUGCUUAUGCUAUGCAGGCCGUAGGGCUUGGGUCGGAGAAUAUGGACAACUACAAAUUCGCUACCAAAGCGUACCUCGGAAUCGACAACAUUCACGUCAUGAGGGAUUCACUCAACAAAGUGAUCGAUGCGCUCAAAGAUUCCGAUGUCACCCCCUUGGGUCCCAACAAAGACCAGCUUGCACGGAGCAAUUGGCUGAAACACAUCUCGACCGUCCUGGAUGGCGCGGGCCUGAUCGCCCGGCAGGUUGGACUUCAGCAUUCUCAUGUCUUGAUUCAUUGUUCAGACGGAUGGGAUCGCACAAGUCAGUUGAGUGCACUGAGUCAGCUUUGCCUGGACCCGUACUUUCGGACACUUGAAGGCUUCAUGGUCUUAGUGGAAAAGGACUGGCUGUCGUUCGGACACAUGUUCCGACAUAGAGCUGGACAUCUGAACAGCGAAAAGUGGUUUCAAAUUGAGAACGAACGGAUCGGGGGUGAUGCCAACCGAGCAUUCGGAGAGGCUGGGGGUGCGGGGAGAGCUAUUGAGAACGCUUUUCUCAGUGCCAAGGGCUUCUUUAACAGAGACAACAAUAGUCGUGACUCUCUUGGAGAGUCGGACGGGGAGAUGCAAUCAUAUGAUGGAGAAAAUGCGAAGAAAGCUGCAGCACCGAGAGCGACGGCUGUUGAAAAGGAAGUGACCAAGGUGAAGGAAACAAGCCCAGUUUUCCAUCAAUUCCUAGAUGCAACCUAUCAGUUACUCUACCAGCACCCUACCCGGUUCGAGUUCAACGAACGAUUCCUGCGACGGCUGUUGUACCACCUAUAUUCGUGCCAGUUCGGGACAUUCCUCUUCAACAGCGAGAAGGAGCGGGUAGAGUGGAACGCUAAAGGGCGCACUCGCAGUGUUUGGGACUACUUUCUUGCACGUAGGGAACAGUUCCUGAAUCCCGAUUAUGACCCGCAGGUCGAUGAUCACAAACGUGGAAAGGAACGUCUGGUGUUUCCGCGGGUCAAUGAAGUGCGAUGGUGGAGCGAGGCAUUUGGUAGAGCCGAUGCUGAGAUGAACGGCCCUCAGGCUCCUGGCUCAGGGCUGUCAGUUCCCCGUGAAGCUCCGAGUGCCCAACGGUCGCCAGUGUUGUCCGGGAUGGAGACGGCUAAUCAUUCCGUCGGUGCUGGCUCCGCUGGCAAAGACGCUGACAACGCCCCACCGAGCGGAAUCGCAGCCGUGACAGCGGGGAUCUCUAACCUGGCUUUCCCGAAAAGCAAGGAGAAUACCCAGGAUACGAAAAGCAUGAAUCGCAUGGAGCUUGAGAUGCAAUGAAGGAGUAGCGACACCAUUCAACCUCCAAAUUGAUGUUAAUGACGCAUCCCGUCGGCGUUGGUCUGGGCGGAUAGUUUAUAAAAAGCCGGCGAAUUCAUUAUGUUACUUACUAGCUACAGUAUUUUUGGUCUACUUUUUGACGUUGCAUGCUCUGUCCUUGUUUUUGUUGGUAGAGAUACAGUCUACGGCCAGAUGAUCAGUGUCCCAGGGCCAGAAGAGAGGAAACAUGCCGAGUACCACCUAUGUGGGGUUUGCAUAACCCCCGCUGAAGCUUCUUAUAGAGUUGCUCAUGACAGG